AUGUCCACCCAAAAGGAGCAGAAGGAUUUUCAUAACUGGUUAUUGCUUCUCUCAUCACUGGCAGCCACCAUCACCUUCGCCGCGGGCCUCAGCCCACCCGGUGGUUUUUGGUCUGAAGACGACAUGGCAAACACAUACAUCGCUGGUACCUCAGUUAUGCGCGACAAAUUUCCCACAAGGUACCUGCUAUUUCACUGCAGCAACACGAUUGCCUUCUUCGCAUCAUUGGCGGUCAUUGGAUUGCUUGCCAAAAAUAUCAAAAUCAAGAAUCGUUUUUUCUUAACAUUCGUAGCGAUUUCUUUUUUGAGCUUGUGCGGUAGCUACAUCACCGGCACAUGGGUUGACCUCACUCUAGGGAUUUACACCAUUUCUGUGUUUGUAGCUGUGAUUUGCUACAUGUCGAUAAUUUGGGUUAUAGCUCGAGUUUGUGAUACCUAUACUGGUAAGAAAGGAGAUAUCCUCACACCAACCUGCAUGCAGGGACGGAUUAAGGGGGGGACGAGGGGGGGCGAGACCCCCCCCAACGAUCGCGCAGUCCCUUGA